GCAUUUCAUUCAGAUGUGCCAAGGGGGUGAUUUCACCAAUCACAAUGGAACCGGAGGAAAGUCCAUAUAUGGGAAGAAAUUCAAUGAUGAGAACUUUGUCCUGAAACACACAAAACCAGGCUUAUUAUCGAUGGCAAACUCUGGACCUGGCACCAAUGGGUCUCAGUUCUUUUUGACAACGGAAAAAACGGAAUGGUUAGAUGGAAAACAUGUAGUUUUUGGUGAGGUAAUUGAAGGAAUGAGUGUCGUGAAGGCAAUCGAGAAGGUGGGAACUCCAUCAGGUAAACCUACAACCAAGGUGAUCAUCAGUAACUGUGGAGAACUGGUAUGAAGAUAAUAAAACAUACAGGUGCAAAAAACACAGUGGGAUUAAUGAACAAGACGACUGAUAAAGUUGGUGCCAAGAUAGAGAAUGAUCCAUGUAGAGUAGUUACCGCUGUUAGCUACAACGUGUUCAUGCUGCUAAAUGGUUACUAAUCAGACAGUGUUUAUUUCGAUGAUCAGGAAUUACAAGUUCAUUAGAAUUAUUAAUUGCAUUUAAUGUGUUUGCCCUACACGUCAGGUAGGGUAAACCAAUCAUUUCUAUUACUAAUAAAUAAGCUAAAUAAGCUGUUUGUGUGUGGCUUUAUGUUUUUCACCUACUAUAGCCAGGCACUCACUGAGCCCGACGGUCGUCAGCCCACGCGAUUCUAUUUAGAACACAACAGCAUGACAAGAGCACAAGGAUCGUUUUUAAUGACGAUCUGUUCAAACUGCCACCGAUAAUCAGCAGACGGCGUUGGGUCGUCUAGCACUCACAGAUAGCAAAGUUUGGGUCGUCAGACAACGGCCGUACGACUGUCAUACGAUGCAGUGAGUGCCUGGCUUGAGAGAACGAUUCAUGUACAGGUCGAUUGAGUGCUGUAUGUCGUUUACUGCUGUUUUCAUCGAAUCCAUACGUAAUGGUAUGAGAAUCGGUUAAAACAGGACCCAGUGAGAAUGCUUUUACCAUGACCCCUUCAGCUGCUAUGUAAUUACUAAAGAGACAGUUUCUAAUGAGUUAGAGUUUAAAUAAGCUCUUUGUGUGUGGAUUAGCAAUGGAAAUUGGAGGUAAUACUGACGUCUUAUUAAUCCACAGUAGGGAGAAAGUUGAUAUUAGUUUAUCUUGAAUUUCUCUAAUGGUAAAUAUAUAAGGAUUUUCUACUUCCAUUAGCUAAAUACUACGUUAAGUGUAUUUUUAUUCUCGUACAACAGCAAGUGACUUGCAAUUUACUAACUGAGGCUUAGGGAAUAGAGAUUUUAGCCAUGAGAAAAUAAAUAUUCUUAAUGUGCUAUUAAUCUAAUGAUUUACUCAGUCUCGCAUUGCAAAAUGCGAUGCGUUUCAAACUAUUUAUUUGCUACUAAUUAUUUGCCUAGAAUUACCGACUCUGUCAAAAACUAAGAGGCUUGGUACACAAAAAGACCCGAAAAUUGUUUUAAAAACAGUCAAAUUCAAGUUAUUAUUCAAUGUUUUGGACCAAAAAUAGCGCAAUAUGCUUGUUUACAUCGAGUGCACGCAUACAAUGCUGUUCAUGCAGCUGUUUUUAAUAUGAGUCGGGCUUCUUUUCUGUGUUUACCUCAUAUUUCGCUACUCCAUCCAUUCUGCUUCUCCUGUAAGUUGCUUUCGCUUAAGCCUGUUUUCCACUAGACAAAUUUAUUCGUGCGAAUCAAAAUCGUCGGCUCAUGUGCAUUCACAUUUCUAUCAGAGUUUUUGAGAAGCGAAAAAAUGUGCAAUCAAUCAGAGCUCCAGAAGCGAACCGACGCUUUGGAUCGUCUAGUGGAAACAGGCCUACACACAUGUAUGUACAUUGAGGAGUAAUGUUGCCUAAUGUCAUGUAUGUACCGUACUGUAGUAGCGCGGUAGAUACGUCAUGCAAGUGUAGAUGUGUAGUAUGCAAAUUACGGUGUCUUCCUUUUUAUCUCGGCGCUGCUACUCCCGCUGUUUGAAACCAGGCCGGAUACGCGGGCCGGACAUUGCUUAAGCGAAUACUGGACAGUACGACAGUGGGAGAGUAUAUAGAGAGUAUACUAUGUCGGUAUAUUGGUAAUCACGGCCAGGUCAAUUUCUGCACGCGGUGGGUAUAAUAUUUAUUGAUGGGAAAUUUAAAGUAAGGGAGUAUAUGGAGUAUGUUUCAUAGUUUAGUGUUGAAAAAUAAAGAUGCCUGACUGUAA